AUGAAUGCUUUUGAAGUGUUUGAAGCUGUUCAAAUGGGAAUUUAUGGUGCCAAUGUGAAGAGUAAUGUAAAAGUUUCACUGCGCUCGCUUGUAAUGUACCUGAGAAGUGUAAUGAAUGGAAUUGAUAGUCCAAGAACAAUCAUUGAUCAUAAAUCUAACUCCGAGAGAUUCACAGCCACAAUUCAAUGUGAAGGAAAAUUUGAAAGAUGUCUGAAGCAUUUAACUAAAUUAAUUAAAAAAAUAAUUUAA